AUGCCAAGUCAAGUGCUCCCCCCAACGGUGCAAUCUAGUCGCGCUGAAGUUUGGGAUCUCAAAGAGAUAACUUUCCGAUAUGGUUCUCGUCGAAUCAUAACUCAAAACUCGAAUGGCCCAUGCUCGUUCAUUGCUAUUUGCAACAUCCUAAUCCUCCGAGGCCAAAUCGAAAUAUUGCCCCCAAAUCGCGAAAAAGUGUCCUACGAAUAUCUAUCCCAGUUACUUGGAGAGGAUCUCCUUUCGGUCUCCGGCGAUGUUGACAUCUCUGCUGCCUUGUCGGCUAUGCCUUCUACCCAAAGGGGGAUGGACCUCAACCCACUAUUCACUGGGCCUACUUUGUUCAGGCCAAGCAGUCAUGGUGGGGAGCUAGAGCUCUUCAAACUCGCAAAAAUCAAGCUCGUGCAUGGCUGGCUCGUAGAUCCACAGAGUCCCGAGGCACCAGCGGUCAUGAAAGUAGAAAACUACGAUUCCGCCGUCGAUCUAGUCGCCGCGGCGGACCACAUCACCAAGGGGCGGUUGGUGGUAAGCCGCAACCACGCUCCAGUUGCCAGUUCGUCGAAAGCCGACAACAGCACGUUGAGUGACGAGGAUCGGGCCAAAGUAGAAGACGCCAUUCUUAUCGGCCGGUUCUUGGAGACGACACGGACGGAAUUAACAUAUCACGGUUUGUUCGAACUAGCAAGAAUCAUAGAGCCUGGGCAGCUAGUGGCGCUGUACCGUAGCUCUCACUUGUCUGUCCUGUACAAACCCCCAAACGACGACGCGUUGUAUAGCCUAGUCACGGACCACUCGUUUCUUCGUGAACCGACCGUGGUCUGGAGACGCAUGGAUGACGUGGACGUGGCAUUCGCGCCCUACGUUGACGCUGACUUCAAGCCAUCAAGCCCAGCCGGAGGGGAUGUGAUAGGUCAGACCGCAGAGGAAGUCUUCCUCGCUACACAGUAUCUAUCGGAUCCUCAAGCUCAAGUCGAUAACGAGCUCGCGAUGCAAUUGCAAUUCGAAGAAGAUCACACAUUUCGCGAGCGGAGAACUAUGUACUACAAACGUCAGCAGGAGCGACGCCAAUAUGCGGAGAAGAAGGCUGCUAAGGCUCUGAAGAAGGGCAAAACGUGCAUCAUCAUGUAG